UUUUUGUGGAGAUUUCUUGACAUUCAUUGAUUUCGUCUGAAAUUUAUUUUCUCGUCGAAAUUAACAGAUCAAGAUGUCAGGAAAAGACAGGCUUAACGUUUUCCCCUCAAGAAUGGCCAUGGCCAUGAUGAAAGUUAGAUUGAAGGGUGCACAAAAAGGUCAUAGCUUAUUAAAGAAAAAGGCUGAUGCAUUAACACUCAGAUUUAGAAUGAUUUUAAAGAAAAUUAUAGAGACAAAAGUUUUAAUGGGAGAUGUGAUGAAAGAAGCCUCCUUUUCUCUGGCGGAAGCUAAAUUCACUACUGGUGAUUUCAACCAUAAUGUAUUACAGAAUGUCAAUAAAGCUCAGAUGAAAGUUAGAACAAAAAAGGAUAAUGUAGCAGGUGUUAUGUUACCAAUAUUUGAAAGCUACCAAGAUGGCUCAGAUAGUUAUGAAUUAACUGGUUUAUCAAGAGGAGGGCAACAAAUAGAUAAAUUAAAAAAGAACUAUGCUAAAGCAAUACAGUUAUUGGUAGAGCUGGCAUCUCUGCAGACUUCCUUUGUCACAUUAGAUGAAGUCAUAAAAUUAACGAAUAGAAGAGUUAAUGCUAUUGAACAUGUUAUUAUACCAAGAAUAGAAAAUACCUUAUCUUAUAUAAUAAGUGAAUUAGAUGAGAGAGAAAGAGAAGAGUUCUUUAGAUUAAAGAAAAUUCAAGAAAAGAAAAAGAAAAAUAAGAAGAUUGCUGAAGAUGCAAAGGCAAAACUAAAAGCUGCUGGAUUAGAGCCUGAGACUGAAGAAGCACCAAAUAUCUUAAAUGAAGGGAUGGACCAAGACUUGCUGUUUACAGAUUGAUGAAAGCUUGUUGUUGAAUAGAUUUAUAAAUGUCAGUCAUCAGCUGAAAGUAGGCCAAAUCAGUUUAAUUUUUAGUUCUAUGGAUUUUCCCCUCAUUGAUUUGAUUAGAGUGUGUUUUUAUUGAAAAAUAAAUAGAUGCACACACAGAGUCACAAGUUUCUGAAUCCCUCUAAAUAUUUUUUUUCAAAGUUUGAAUAGAUGAUUUAUUUACUUUGUAAUUCAUAAAUUUUUUUUCUACUUUGUAAUUCAUUAAUUUGUCAUAUCAUACUUUAGAACUGCAACUUUUAGAAGAGUCUGAAUUCCAAACUGAUCUAUUUUUCCAAAAUCCAAAGAACUUUAAAUUGAAAAUCUGUGGCCUUACUAUAAAAUGACAAUGAAAUUAAGUGAGGAAAACAAAAUUUUCAGAUGGUGAAAAAGGUUUAUUAGUAUUCACAAGUUUAAGUUGAUAUUUUAUGUCAUCUUUUUGUAAUGGCAUCACUCAUAGCAUUUUUUGUUGUUAAAUCUUUAGUUUUAUUUCAUUUCCAUCCUGUGUUGUUUUCAGAUUUUUAAAGUUUAAAAAAUAAAAUAGCUAAAUGCAGGAAUAUGCAGUAAUAAUCAGAACAUUCCAAAAAUAUUUAAAUAUCUUUUUUUUUUGUAAAGAAAAAUGAUUCAAUACAUUUAUGUUUGAAAACCUUUGUAUUAGGUUUUGUUAUAAUGUUUCAUAGGCUAGUUGACAGUAUUAUUAAACAAGAAUUAAAGAGGUUUUAUUUGUAUGUUAUUAUUGAGAAAUAUACCAGACAGUAAUUUCAGCAUUUUGCUAUUGAAGUUAUAGAAAAAUCCUGAAAUUUAGAAAUUCAUGUAUUUAUUUUCAUUUGUAUUUAUUUGAAAUACAGGAUAGGAUAAAAACUGCAAUUAUAGGAGAGUUCCAGGAUAGUUGUUGUUUCAACUUGGAGGUUGAAAAAGUCACAUCAUGUGACAUUUUCUAUGCAGUUGAAAUAUUCUAACACACAUUUCUGUUUUGCCCCCACACCCUUAUGAAAACCAACCUUGUGGUGACAUCACCCAUAAGAUGAUGUUUUCAUGCAAAUGACGUUGUAUUUAUCACAAAAUUAGAUAUCUGACCUUACCAAGUGGCUUUUGGGUGUAAAAUGAAAUGAGACACAGGAAAAAAGAUUACCUAAACUGAAAUAUUGAAAAUAUGGCAUUUUGAAUUGUGCUUUUAAUAUUUAAAUAAGGAAUGUUGAAAAAUUACAUGAAUUGAUCUUGCAUUCAAUUUAGUUGUCAAAUAUAUAUAUGGUGUACUAAUUUUUGCACCUCAUGUUUGCGGUAUACCAUCUUUUCCGCAAUUUUAUUGUUUUCUGUUUGGUAUUAAAUAAAUAAUUAAGAUCCAUUUUGCUACAUCUGGUGAUCUGUUUAUUUGGCAAUAGCCAUAGCAGUCAGCAGAGUUUAAGAACAUCCGUUGUUCAAUCUGCUAGUCAAAUGUGUUUUGUUAAAAUAUACUUUUUCUUUUUUUGGUCUUUUGGAAAAUGUUGUUUGUGCUGUACCAAGAAAUUUGUUUUGCAUGCAUUUACAUAUAAAAAUGGCAGUUUUUAUCCAAUGCAAUCAUAGGGUUUGAAGUUGUUUUCAAUUUAGACUUGUAUAUGUACAAAUACGUAUCCAUUGAAGUAGAUUUACAACAUUUAAAUGUCAUAUGGUGAUGUUUAUGUGGUCUUUUGUAUGUAUGUAUGGUAUGAUUAUUUUUCUUAAAUCUCAAUGCUUAUACAAAAGGCUUUUCUCGAUAACAAUUGCUGGAUUUUUUGGAUUUUCUUCAAACUGUUAAACUUUCAUUGCAAAACACAUGAAUUGUACAAGCGACAAACUAAAAAACAUUUAGUUUUGAUACGAUAGGAUACAGAGUCACAGACCUGCCAAAGUAAAUAAUUACAUUUCAAUCACAUGGAUUUUAAAUGUAAUUAAUUACACUACAAUUACAUCGAUUUUUCAAUGUUCAUUUGUAAUUGAUUUUACUACAGUUAGGAUAUUUAUUUUCUUAAAUAUUUAUAGUCAAAGUAUUUCUAUGUUUGAAAAGGACUUGGAAAAAUAUUCUCACACAAAAACAAGUGUGUCCGUGGACUAUUAUUUUACCUCACGUAUGGUGUUAAAAUUUAAUCUAUAUAUUCAAGUUUCAAGAUUGUAAAGUAGUUAUUAUUGAAUAAAAAUGUUGUAUAUAUAAUAUAAUAUAAUAUAAAAAUAUAAUAAAAUGAAACACCCGGA